UCUCCGCGAAUCGGUCGAGGUGAUCGACGAGGCACGCGAGAGGCGCGUCGACCGAUCGAUCGAAAGAUUCAGCCGGGGAACUCAGACAGCCGGGAAUCGCUUUGCCAGGGUUAUCGCUCGUCGAAAGCCGAGGAACGAACGCGUUAUACCCACGAAUCGCUUCCAACCGCCCACGGAAGCCUGGCGAUUUUCUGAAAAGAGACGAGGGAUCCUGUCGAAUAUGCAGAGGCGAGCGUGUGUGCGUGGCUGGUUGCAUCCAUAUGGGAAGGGCCCUGAGGGCUAGCCGCCUGAAGGCAAGCAACCACACGGAUGUCCGGACGGCAGCGGCACGUCACGGAAGCGCUUUCCUCGUCUGUUGGAAGUGCGAAGUGGAAGAAUUAAAUCGUAUUUCAACGUCAAUGCCGCGGAAGCAGCCGGUGGAGUGGGACAGCUUUGGGAAUACUCAGUCACGAGCGGAAAUCCGAACUCCCGUGCAGCCCUGGAACGCAAUUUAACUUUUAGUCGGUCGGCUUCCACGCUCCCUGCGAUCUCUCUAUCUUCUUUCUUUGCGCCCCUUCUCACCACUUCUGUCGCGAUAUCAGAGCUUCGACGUCCGUGGUCGCCGACAGUUCAACAAUGCUCGCCUCUGGUCGUCGCCGACGGCACUGGGACCAAGAGCUUUUUUUAUCACAGCGUCGAAUCCUGCUCACCUCAGCAUCGAUCGGCUGGAAACUAAGGACGAAGGGAUCUAUCGGUGUCGAGUGGACUUUAAGAAUUCGCCGACGAGAAAGCAAAAGAUGAAUUUGACUGUUAUAGUUCCUCCGUCGAAGCCGAUGAUACUGGACGGGACGACGAGGGACAUCUCGAGGUUGGAGGAGCCGUACAACGAGGGGAGUGACGUGAACCUGAUUUGCGAGGUACGAGGUGGCAGGCCGCCCCCGAAGCUGACGUGGUACCUCGAGAACACCGUGAUAGACGAAUCCUAUCGCUACAACACUGAGACCGGACUCACGGUUAACCUCUUGUCCUAUCCCAAAGUUGGAAGGCAACAUCUGAAGGCUCGGUUGAUCUGCGAGGCGAGCAACACAAAUUUGGUGCCACCGCAGACCAGGCUGGUCAUCUUGGAUAUGAAUCUAAAGCCAUUGGUCGUGCAAAUUUUGACGAAGGAGCCUCGAGUUUCCGCUGACAAAAACUACGAAGUGGAGUGCAGGACAAGUGGUUCUAGACCGGAACCAGUAAUUACUUGGUGGAAAGGGGACAAGCAGAUUAAGAAAAUAGCGCAAAACUACGCGCUGGAAAAUAAUCAGACUCUUAGUAUCCUGAGUUUCGUGCCAAGCAUCGACGACGACGGCAAAUACUUAACCUGUCGGGCGGAGAAUCCUGUUAUUCCUGAAAGCGCUUUGGAGGAUAGGUGGAGGCUGGACGUGCAGUAUCAGCCUGUGGUAACUCUGAAGAUGGGCAAGACCUUGAAUCCAGAUGAUAUCAAAGAGGGUGACGACGUCUACUUCGAGUGCUCGGUCAGGGCUAAUCCGAAAGUGUACAAGCUUGCCUGGUUUAAGGAUGGCAGAGAGCUUAAAAACAAUGCCACGGCAGGUAUCGUCCUCAGCGAUCAUUCUCUGGUUCUUCAGCGUAUAACUCGAUACUCGGCAGGUGAUUACACUUGUCUCGUUGCCAACAGCGAAGGGAAGACUGCCAGUAAUCCGGUGACUCUUCAAAUAAUGUAUACCCCGGUGUGCAAGGAGGGAAGGGGCGAGGUGGUUGUGGGUGCGCUGAAGCAAGAGACCGUAUCGUUGGUUUGUUCCGUGGAAAGUCAUCCAGCACCGUUGACUUUCCACUGGACAUUCAAUAAUUCUGGGGAGCUAGUUGAAGUCCCUCAUCCCCGUUACUCCCAUGUGGCGGCGGUCGGGACGCCGUCUGUCGCAGAGAGCCUGAAGGAGUACCAACAAUUCCACGGGCCCAGGUUGAACUAUACACCCGCAACGGAAAUGGACUACGGCACGGUGGCAUGCUGGGCGAGCAACCAGGUUGGCAAGCAACGGACGCCAUGCCUCUUUCAGGUGAUAGCCGCAGGACGUCCGUACGCUCUGCAUAACUGCACAACGACGGAAAUGUCCGCGCCUUUGGACUCGGAGGAGUUGAGCGCGAGAUCCGGUACGGGACUGAUAGUUCGCUGUUUGGAGGGUUACGAUGGCGGUCUUCCGAUCUACAGCUACCAGUUGGAGGUGGUCGCGGACGAGGAUGGCGGGCCAAUUUUGUUGAACAAAACUGUGCCGGCAAACCCGAACGGACCGACUUUCGAGGUGGCGGGCCUAACCACGGGAAGGAGUUAUCGACUUUUUCUAUACGCGAUUAAUGCAAAGGGGAGGAGCGAGCCUGCCAUUCUCGAGCCAGUGACCCUGAAGGGUGUCGCCAUGUACACGACCGGGAACACGGACGCGUCAAUGCUGAGCCCGUUGCUGCUGGGCCUCGCGGCAACAGCGACCUUUUUGGCCCUGGCCGUAGCUGGGAUCCUGGCGGCUCUCUACCGGAAGCACUCGAACGGCCGCCCCGGAAGUCCAAAGCACGCUCCCAUCGUGUGCGACCCUCCUAAUACGGGUGCAACAACUCCAGUACAUCCCCAGACCAAGCAGGCGGUCGAUGACAUCGAUCCAGAUAUCAUACCCAACGAGUAUGAGAGAAGACCUCUAACGUACACUCCGAUAUAUAAGACGCCUCCGCAACGGAGAAAGAAGGAUCGUGUCAUGGACGAGGCGAUCUCGCCAGAGAAAAGGCCGAUCGUGCAACACGGUUUGGAUCUACCACCUGACUCGUUGUUGAGCGACUGUCUGCCAACGCCGACCAUAAAUUAUCCCCAAAAUCACAUAUCCCAAUCGAAUACGUACAGCAAUCCACCCACCAUGGCUGACUUCAAGCAGAUGGCAAUGGACGAUUACAAUCAACGAAACAAGCAAAACAUGUACUACAGCCUCCAGAGGUCAGGCAAAGGUUUGUCAUCGAUGCCGCAGAGGCCGGUCUCCUCUUCGGUCUCCGCGCAGGGGAAGUUCCAUCAGCCGGAAGUGGUGACGCGCUCGAAUCGGAUACAAGAAAGUUGUAUAUAAAUCCUCGCGAUCAAAGUCUCGCCGUGUCGAGAGACUCGAGUGGCUCAGAGAGCGUUCUCUCAAAGAGAAGCUAGUUACAAAUUGCGCGGGAAUCCCCAAUCCCACAAAAGGGAAGGAAUUCUCGAAUUCUCGCGUGAAAUCUCGUGCGUUGCGUCUUCCUACGGUCGACGACUCUACGUUACGAAAAACGUUGUACAAAAGAAGGAAAAAUAAGAAGAAAGAAAAGAAGAAGAAGAAAAAGAAGAAGAAGUAACGAAAUAAAAGAGAAAACGAGAUGAGAAAUUUCCGGGUCGUCGUGACGGGAACGAGGAAUAGCAUACAGGCGAUUUUAGUCGUGUAGAUUGGACAAGUGGAAUAUCGGGAUACUCGACGAGUUAAUGAAACGUCGAUGAUUAGACAGGAACUCGAUGCUUGAUGGAGUGUAUCGGAUCGUGAUGGGUUCUCGUUCGAUUGUCCGUUCUUUUUCUACCUGCAGAUUUUUAUAACGGAGUACGGCCACGUUCGCGAAUAAAACGAAGAGACCGGGUUUCGAAGAGGAUGGAAACCGAGUUCCCGAUAAAGAGAGAGGUCCAAUUUGACGGUGGAUCGUCGUCGAAUCGCCCGACACGUGGUAACGUGGAGGGAUAUCGAAUGUCCCGUCCUCGUUCUCGGCUCAUGUACCGAGAACCCAGGAUCAUCCAAAUACAUUUUACUGUUUAUAUGAGAUUAGUUUUUGUACAAAGAUUCUAUUGUAAAUAGGCGAGAUAGCCUGGCCCUAGUUGGAUAGUCACAACCGAUGUCCGAAUUUCAUUCGCUAAAAAAGUCACGUGUUGUUAAGUCAGGGGAGAGAGGAUUGUUCGGUCACGUAAGAUAAAUACUCGAUGGCAUACGAAAUAAAGAGAAUACGUUUCAUCUGUUUUACAGAAA